UAUUGCGAAGAGUGCGAUUUCGAGUGAUUGAAAAAUGUUUUUUGAUUCUAGCGAUUAUCGACCCUUGCCUUCACCCUUGGGUGAGCGAUUGGUUGAAGAUAAGGAAGAGCAUGGAUUAGAUAAUAACGUUAUGGUUCCUCCAACAAAGAUGAAAAUGGAUAAAGACUUUAGAAAGCAAGAAGAUAGUACGGAGAAUAGUUUUGGCUAUACUAUUGGCUAUACUAUUGGAUAUACCAUUGGAUGUGCUAUUAGAGAUAGAAAGGCAUUGAAAAAAGCCGGAUCUUUCUUCAAGGCAGUAUGGAAACCAGUCAAGAGAUCAGCGCAAAAAGUAUGGAAAAACAUGAAAAUUGAAGAAACUGAAUACGUUCAGUUUGAAUAAGGAUCUCUUUUCCUCCAUCAUUGCAUCAAGUAUAAGAUUUAUCUGCUUGAUUUUGUCCAGGUUUGUCUCGGAUUUUAGAAGAAAUUUAGAGAUUUUCAUCUCUAUGCAGUGUACAGUACAUACACUGUUUUCUUUAUUUAUUAUGUUUAUUGUUUAACAAAACAAUAUGUG